ACAGUAAGUAAGUGCAGGGGAAUCUGGCCUGAACUUCUCCUGUCGUGUUGGACAUUUCUCCAAAGGUCAAGCGAUCAAUGCCUCAGACAGACAAGCAAGUAUGCAUCCCACCGGAGCUGCCGGAACUGCUGAAGCAGUUUACCAAAGCUGCCAUUCGGACCCAGCCUCCCGAUCUCAUCCAGUGGGCGGCCGAGUAUUUUGGGGCCAUGUCCCGUGGAGAGAUUCCUCCAGUGAGAGAGAGGUCUGAGCAAGUCCCUUUGUCCAACUGGGCUGAGCUGACACCUGAGCUGCUAAAGGUCCUGCAUUCUCGGGUUGGUGGCAGACUGAUCAUCCACGCAGAUGAGCUGGCCCAGAUGUGGAAGGUGCUGAAUCUCCCCACGGACUUGUUUAACAGUGUGAUGAAUGUGGGCCGCUUCACAGAGGAGAUCGAGUGGCUGAAGUUUUUAGCCCUUGCUUGUAGCUCUCUUGGAGUUACCAUUGCCAAAACUCUCAAGAUAGUGUGUGAAGUUUUAUCCUGUGACCAUGAUGGAGGACCACCCCGGAUUCCUUUCAGCACCUUCCAGUUUCUGUACACGUAUAUCGCUGAAGUGGACGGGGAAAUAUCCUCAUCCCAUGUUAGCAGGAUGUUAAACUACAUUGAACAGGAAGUAAUUGGUCCUGAUGGCUUAAUCAAGGUGAAUGACUUUACUCAAAACCCUAGGGUUCGGCUGGAAUAAAAGCACAAUUUUGGCUUACAGAGGUGGCUGUACUUCAGAAUAGCUGAAUUCCGUGCACCAUCUAAAGUCAAUUUUCUUUUACAACUGGUACAACUAAUAAACAAUUAGCCAGGAA